UCAGAUGGAUGCAGUUGUUAGAAAGUCGUUGCCUGUGUUGCACUGCAGACGGUCGGUGGCGGUGACGGUUAACUCGGUGGGUGUUGUUGGCACGCGUUAUCCCAGUCUCAGUGUGUGCGUGUGUGCACGGGACGGGAGUGCAUCGGGGCCCAGAGAAAAUAUUCGCAAUUAAAGUGUUGAUGCGAAAAACAAUAACAGCAACAACAGCAGUAACAAGUGAAUUAACACAUAUCGAGUGCAACACGUUUCGUCAUAACACAAAAGCAAAUUCUAAUCAAUUUAGAGAAUUAUUUUUAAUUAUUUAUUUUUUAAAACAAUAACAACAACAACUAGUCUAAGUGUAGUGUGAGUGUGUGUGCGUGCCUUAUAUUGGAUACCUUAUACCUCUUUAUAAGCAAAGGAAAAUCUCCCAAAAACAACUAAAUAAAAAUUCCUAGUUCCAGUAAUCUCAAUGAAAUAUGAAAGAAACCUACUGUGAUUUCGUGGCUGGCUGUUUUGGAGGAGCUUGCGGUGUAUUUGUGGCUCAUCCCUUGGAUACGAUAAAGACAUGGCAACAGGCAUCAAACACAUCCGUACCGACAGCAAUACAACAAAUCUAUAAACGGAACAAUGGGAUCAAUGGCUUUUACCGCGGAAUGUUUUUUCCAUUUGUUACAACUGGCGGCAUCAAUUCCAUUCUGUUUGGAGUCUAUGGCAAUCAUCUGCGCCAGCUGAGGCGGGUGUGUCACAGCGACUAUCAGCGCGAACAGUUGGAGUACAAAAAUAUGUUCAUAGCCGGAUCGAUAGCGGGUUUUGUGCAGUCGUUUGUAGCCUGUCCCAUAGAGUUGAUCAAAAUCCGAUUGCAGACACAUCAUUAUUACAACAAAUACAUCUAUGGUCACAAAAUGACACCGUUCUGGAUGUUCAAAAGAAUUAUUAAGGCUGAUGGAUUCUCCGGACUAUUUCGGGGUCUGGUGCCGAUGAUGUGUCGUGACGUGUUUCCCUAUGGCAUAUAUAUGUUGGCCUAUCGUUACACCACCACAUAUUUGGAUCAAACGGAAUUUGUACAGCAGCGGCGGAGACUACGUUCCGAAGAUGAUACUCAGGUGGAUUUUGUGGUGACAACAUUGGCGGGAGCGUGGGCAGGCAUUCUCUCGUGGGUGUGUGUGAUACCCUUCGAUGUGGUGAAGACCAUAAUGCAGGCGGAGGAGAAUCGGCAGUAUCGUUCGAUAUGGCAUUGUUUGAAUAAGAAUUUUAAGCGUUACGGCUGGCGCAGCUUGUUCCGUGGCAGUUGGAUGCUGGUGGUCAGAGCAAUACCCUUUAAUGCCGCCACCUUUUUGGGCUAUGAAUAUGCUUUGGAAUGGUGUCACAAAUAUUUUCAAGUUCAAAUCAAAUCAAGUCCAAAAUAUUAUUAGCGGCAUAGAAAUGAAAGUAGUUUUGCCUGGUUUUUGUAAAAUUCGAAUUUAACGAAUUCGAAUAUGAAAUAGUAAAUCACUCGAAUUCGUUCGAUUAGAUUUUUACUAAAACACAUGGUUUUUUUAAUUGUUU